UGUUAAGUGCAGUCUGUGCAGAAGCAGAAGGAAGGAAGGAAGCAGGAAGCGUCACUGCACCGGCGCGGCGCCAAGCGCUGCCAAGCGCAAAGCGCUUGGUUAUUUCGUCUCGCGUCGAUUCGUCGUAUCGAUUAUCUUCGUUUACCGCGUGUGUGACUGCGGAGCGGACAGCUUUCCCUUAAUUAAAAAACAAACGCACAAUAAGAGAGUAUAAAGGGCGAGGAUUGUAUGGGAUGGAGAUGGAGAAGUAGGAGCUGGAGAGCCUCGACGAAUCGAGCAAUGUCGGCGUCCGUCAGAAUUUCAGUAUUUUCCGUUGUUCCUUCUCAGACGCAAAAAUGAAAUUUCGGAUUUAGCAAAUUGUACUUGUAAUUCUAAUUAAGUAACAAUUAACUGCCUAUUGCUGUGAUUGUAAAAUGAAUCAUUUAUGAGGAAAUCGUCGAUGCAUCUACGAUAUAUCUAAAGAUUGUAUGAAAGACUUUGUGAAUUUCCUCUAUUAUAUAUCAAAGAAUUGAUCAGUGUCUAGCAAGUGAGACAACAUGGACUCUGCAACCGAGCUGGAACAUAUAGAAAAAUUGGCAAAGGAAGCGGAAUGCUUAAAGAUACGCUUAGAGGACGAGCGACAAAAAUUGAAUGAUAUUACACUUGCCAGUGUAGCAGAUAGACUUGAAGCAAUUAAUUGUAUAAAUGUAAAACCUAGACGUAUAUUAAAAGGGCAUCAGGCCAAAGUUUUAUGUUCCGAUUGGUCUCCCGAUAAGCGUCAUAUUGUCUCUUCUUCACAAGAUGGAAGAAUGAUUAUAUGGGAUGCCUUUACAACAAAUAAAGAACAUGCCGUUAGUAUGCCAACUAGAUGGGUGAUGGCAUGUGCUUAUGGCCCUAGCGGUACUUUGGUUGCAUGCGGAGGUCUGGAUAAUAAGGUUACAGUGUAUCCAUUAAGUUUAGAGGAUGAUGUUUCGGCCCAUAAGAAGACUGUUGGUACACAUACGUCAUAUAUGUCAUGCUGUGCGUUUCCCAACAGCGAUCAACAGAUUUUAACGGGUAGUGGAGACAGCACAUGUGGUUUGUGGGAUGUAGAGAGCGGGCAAUUAUUACAGAGUUUUCAAGGACACUCCAGCGACGUUAUGUCUAUCGAUUUAGCGCCGAGUGAAACUGGGAACACAUUUGUGUCUGGUGGUUGUGACAAACUGGUUUUGAUUUGGGAUAUGCGCAGUGGCCAGUGCGUGCAAAGUUUUGAAGGGCAUCAAUCCGAUGUUAAUUCAGUAAGAUUUCAUCCAGGCGGUGAUGCAGUAGCAACAGGUUCGGACGAUGCUACGUGUCGCUUGUUUGAUCUGCGUGCCGACAGAGAAGUUGCAGUAUACACAAAAGAAAGUAUAAUAUUUGGAGCAAACGCGGUUGAUCUCAGUAUAAGUGGGCGCUUGCUCUUUGCCGGAUACAAUGAUUACACGGUGAAUGUAUGGGAUACUUUAAAGUGCCAACGAGUGGCGCUGUUAUAUGGGCAUGAAAAUCGAGUUUCGUGUCUAAGAGUUUCACCAGACGGUACUGCCCUGUCUACUGGAAGUUGGGACGCGACUUUACGAGUUUGGGCUUAGCUUCACGAUUACUAUUACUAUCUUAAACAUUUUGAAAUAUGAGAUACUCCUGAUAGCACAUAGUUUAUAUUUAUUAUUUUGUCUUAUUUAUUUAGAAACUUUUGCCUUCUCAAAUACUUUUUGUAUAUUAUUCAUGUUUUCAUCAUACCAAAUAUGUAUAAUGCAUUAAAUUGUUGUGCAUUUAAUAGCAAGCAUGUUUUGUCAUGCAAAAUAUUAUCCAUAAUAUGUAAUAUAAGUACAGUAAUGUGAUAAAUAUUAAUAAAGUUGCAUACACACACACACACACACACACACACAUUAGGCUGGUCCUAAUCUACAGAUAAAUUUUAGUGAAUCACAAUAUGUAUGCUCCAAAAAAUAAAGUUUCAUAAAUCUAAA